AUGUCUCGUUGCUUAGAUCAACGAAUGAUUCGAAUUCUGAAGGAAAAUGAUGAUCUUCGAAGAGACCCACCGUCAAACUGCAGCGGUGGGAUCAUCAGUGACAGUGACUACAAUCAGUGGGAGGCAACCAUCAUCGGACCAGAAGGUACCCCUUACGAGAGAGGUUUAUUCAAACUCUCCAUAUAUUUGCCUCCCGAGUAUCCAAUGAAGCCACCAAAAGUUACCUUCAAAACUAAAAUUUACCAUCCUAACAUCAAUAGUAAAGGUAAUAUUUGCCUUGACAUUCUCAAGGGAAAUUGGAGUCCUGCCUUUACACUUUCAAGUGUGUUGGUUGCAAUCUGCUCAAUGAUGCCUGAUCCAAAUCCAGAUGAUCCGCUUGAAAUAGAGAUUGCAAGGCUUUACAAGAACAAUAGGCCUCAAUUUGACAAGAUUGCUCGUGAAUGGACACAAAAAUUUGCUCAUUAA